AUGGCCCCGCUCCGCUGGUCGGCCGGAGGAGCAGGCACCGCGGCGGGGCCGCCCCGCUCCCCGAGCCAGCCCGUGGGGAGGAAGCGGCGACCGGCCGAGGCGGCGGCGGGAGCGCGGAGAAGCCUAGCACCGCCGCCUGAACUUGGCGCUUCCCCUUCCCUCAGCUCCAGCGCGGGGCGGGGGGAAGCGGAACCCGAGGCGACCAGAGCCCGCACUCACCUCGGCCCUCUCUGUCGCUGCGGGGCGGCCGGACGGCCGUUGUGUGUGUGGUGGGUGGGGGGGGCACCGUGCGGCGCCUGCCCCGCCGCUCCUGCGCCUGUCACCGGGGGCCCGGGGAGGAGAGUCCCGCAGGGUAAAUCCUCCGAGCGGCGGCGGGGACGGGCACCAGCCGCGUACCGCCCGCUCGUCGCGGCGGCCGCUGCCUCGCACGAAGUUGAGGCGCGGCCGCCGCUGCCGCUGCGCGGCCGGAGUGCCGCCGGCGGCCGCUACAGCCGCGGGGAACCGGCGCCUCCUUUCGCCGCCUCGCUCCGCAGCCGGGGAAGGAGCGCUGCUGCACCGCCGCCACCGCCGCCCCGGCCCCGCUCUUCCUGCGGCUGCUGGGAGCCGCGCUCCGGGCGCAACGGCGCGGUCACACGGAGCCCCGCGGGAAAGCCUCCUUCCCCGCCGCCGCCUCCUCCUCCUCCCUCAGCGCCCGAGAGCCCUCCGCUGCAGCCCCGCGGCGGCGCCCGCUCCGCAUGCCCCGUCACUCCGCGCACCGCCGCUUCUCCUGCUGCUGCUGCCGCCAGCGGCGGCGCCCCCACCCGAACCCUCCUCAGCGCCUCGCCUCCAUCACCGGCGUGGGGGCGUCAGCAGCGGCGGAGGGCGCAGAGAGAGGGGCGGUGA